AUGAUGCAGCUUCAGAAAGCCGGGACACUGAAGAAUAAGUAAGGUAUGUUAUAGUUACAUAAAAACCGCAGGAAAGGGUCCAUAUGAUUAGACAGACAUUACAUAACGUCCAUAACCUGAACCACAUUUUAGACCGGUCAGUAAAUUAAAUAGAGUGUUUUUCGGGUAUUUUGUUUAACCAGAAUUCAACAAGGGACACGACUAGCAGCUGUUUGAUUCUUCACUGCAGGUGAGAUUAGCAAAGGAAUAAACAGGAUGUUCAUCUUUUGUGUUUGAAUUUGAAUCGCUGGAAAAUAAAUAUGAAAGCAAGACCCGAUUCAGACCCGAUUCAGAUAAACCAGCUUAGUGAUAACAUGAAUGAUAUUUAGACAAGAAUUGACGUACCGAAACCAAUAGCGUAAAACUUUUGUUAUGAAGCCUUCAUUUGACUGCGAUAUCAUGAACGGUGCUCCAGACGUAAUCGAGCAGAUACGGAUCUAGUUUGAACUUUUAAUGUGAGCGAAGUCGCUUAUUUUUGUAUGUUCGACUCAGUUAAACCAGCUGGUUAAACUUGUCUUAAGUGCGACUUCGUUUUUUUUCGUGUUUUCGAUCAGUUACUAAAGUGCACACCUCUUUAAACCUGCAUAAGUUUAGCGUCUGACGGAUAAUAUGCUCGAAUAACCGAUUAUUAUGGUUUUCGGCAUCGCCCACAAAACAAGGUAAAACGCUUAAAUUGUGCUCCUCCCAGCUGUAGAAUAUUAUGCCUCUAAUAGUGCCGGUCUAUAAACCACACUUUUCUUUCUCGUACCUACUAAAUAAACAUCCUACACAGUCCUUGAUAUUGCUUUUGAAAGAAAAAAGUGUUAGUGUUAGAGUCGCAAACCUGGCUUUGCAGGCAAUCAGUCGGAGGUAGUCGACCGUAUGCCAAAAUGCUCUUUACACGAGGACCUCUUUUGGGGUGGUCGGGGCAUUCAGGUCCUAAAAUGACCACUCUUUUAAUUAUGAACUUUGUAAAUCCUUGCUGGCGCUAACCUUGGAAAAAUUAGUACAGACAACAAUAUUCAAAUCACUGUAGUACAAUGUCUGAUUAUGCUUACACCAAAACUGUUUUUAUUGUGCUGACAUUACAUAUAUUUCGGCACAAUGCCAAUAUAAUAUUGCUCAAAAAUAUUCCCGCCAGCCUAUUCAUGUGGUUCACUAUACCGAUAGUUUGUAGGCCUACUCUGGGACCUUAACUCGCCGCGAGAUUGUGCGAGCUAAUGCGAGUUUAGGCGAGUUAAGGCGAGAUAAGGAAAAAUUGAGCUCACCUAUUAGUUGCGAGUUUGUGCGAGUUUGUGCGAGUUAAGGCGAGUUAAGGGAAAAUGAUCCAUCUUAUGUUGAGGUUAUAAGGCUUAAAACUUAUAAUAUGCUUUAGUAACAUACAUAUCAAGAUGCCUUGGAAUCUUUGUAUGUCUUAUAUAAUUAUAUAUAGUAGGCUCCAUGUUGUCCAAUUACGAAAAAAUUAAACCAAAAAUUUCAGAUGAGCUCCAAAGUUGAAUGAAGCCAAAUCUUGUUUAAAUUAAUAAACUGAAAUAUUUUCCUAAUUGGACAAGCUUAAGUAUGGAUAUGCUAGUGAUAUGGAGUCCUGUUCUUUAUUAAUUAUAUAGCAUUUAGACUCCAAACUAGACCAUUUGGUGGCUGUAUCAUAAUAAUAAUCAUUGUCAUCAUCAUCAUAUAUUAUUUAUUAAAGCUAUAUAAUUAUUUGGCAGAGUAAUAAAUUACCAGUAGUGAGGAAAAAAAAUGAAAACAAAACAAUCAUGAAUUGAUAAAAAAAAAUGUAGCUGUAGUAUAAGCACAGGUAGGAUAUUUAAUUUAAUUUUAUUUAUUUUUUUAAAUCAAUAACACUAUGUUUUAAUAGGCAGGUGAGCAUAAUAGGUAUCACAUGACAUGUCAUCAAUUGUUAUCACUAACUCCAGAAUUGAAAAAAAAAAAAAAUUUUGCAGUCUGUGUCAAUGUUCUUCAAAGAACUAGUAUAAAAAUCCGGGGAAGCUGACGAAUUACAACUCAGCUGAGGAAAUUUUUAUGCCACAAUCAAUUUUACUGAAAUGAAAUGAAAUUUCUUUCUCCUUGAAAAUUACGACUUAUCUUUAAGUCUUCCAUUUGAUCCAUUCUCUCCACUUCACUGAUGGUUUCCCUUGGAGUCCAGCUCAAUUUUUUGUUUUCACUGCCAGAAAUGAUUGCCUUUUCGUUUCCUCGGAUAAUCUAUUCUAAUUUCUUGCAAAUGAAGGCUGAUGCCUUUUCGCAAAGACAGCAGUUCCCAUAUUUUAGAAACUCCCUCCUUAAACUUGGACAAUCCUGUGAGAGACACCUUGAUUUCUACAAAAGAAAGGAGGAUCAAGUUAACUUGAUAGUAAACUCUUGAUCAUUCUUAGCCUAGCAAAACAGCAAAAAAUAAAUGACCAUAUUUUCUGUUUUGGCUUACUUAUUUUUUACAAAAUGUCAGAAAGUGUUAAUAGUUGUGCAGAGGACUAUACCUUAUUUAACUUGAUUAACAAGAAAACACUCUCUACUAUCGGCUUUGUCUUCCAAACUCUUAAGAGUUGUCACUGAUGAAUCUUUCCUGACUUUCCUGCUUCGCAUUUUUACAAAAUGAUCACCGGCUCAGGCGUUUUGUGCGUGUUUUUAUGUCACGUACGCCACAUUGAAGCUUCCAACCUAAAACUUGCCAGUGGACUGGGAUCAACAAGGCUUUUAUAGAGUUAACGUUGCAAGGGUAAAAGGCUUUAGCUUAGCUUACCUGCAUGUGAUACAUUUUGAAACUUCUCGAUUUAACAUCAAAAGUUUUGCACGAGUUCUCCUCCUUUUCUUCAGAAGUUUUCCCGUCCAUCUUGAAAAUUACCCAGAAAGCAUAUCGAGGACAAUAGGCUGAGCGAGAGGGCCCUGGGAAGACACGAGUUACCAGUAUCUUCUGGGUAAUUUCAAAGAUGGCGAACGAAGUUGGCUAUCGAUGCAAAAUAUUGUACCUUUAGCAAUCCUUUAUUCAGUUAAGGGCUAAAUGUAACAAGUCUUCUGAAUCAUGCCUGGGUUAUGGUUGCCAGUCUGAAUACAAUGUAGGCCAUACAGGAUGUCACGUUGAACCAAUGUACAGAUCUUCUAUUACGAGGUAAAUAUUUAUAAGAAUUAUUUAUAAGAAAUAUGGACUGCAAUCAGUAUGUGGACUAUUUAAAGGAUUCUCGAUUAUGGCUACAUCCUAGCCUUUCAUUGAUGAUUGUCAGCUGGAAUCCUCAUUAAGCUUCAUCAGAUUAUAAGAUGAUACGUAAGCUACUACUCUUCAUAUGUCAUAAACAGCUUGGAUGCAUUAUAUUUGCAAAGUAAUUAAACUUUCCAUUACAAGUAAACUUUUUUUGUAAAUCAUUAGCCAGCUUAAAACUAAAAAUUUGAUAUUCUGGUGUUAUGUUUUUGUAUUUCACUCUAAAUUCGAGAUUUCUUAUUUUAAGCCAAAAAUUAGAAACAAAUCAUAGGAGAAUAUUUUUUUCUUCAAUUGAGAGAUUCAAAGCAAUCUUGAAUUUAGAGUGUUUCUUUGUCUUGCGUAGAAGUGUAAGACUAAAACUUAAACUAUUUUAUGAAAACGUUUUCGUGGAUUCACUGUUAGUGCUUUUAGUUAAUGUCACUUACUUUGUGGACCAAAACACAAACAGUGAAUGUGGGAUUUGUUAGACCCUGUGACCCCAUGCCUCUGGAAUUUCUGCCAUGCUUAGCAUUGAAGCCUUUUCAUUAGGCAACGAGUUAGUGCAUGUUCAGGCUGUUCCUGGUAGUUCCAUUGACAGUCCAGUUGUGACUCCAAGGCAUGACAAUGUUAAGUAAGAAAAAACCUCAUCGAAUCUUUAGUGGUGAAAUACCCUUACCACAGAGGCUAUUGGAAAUUCCAGAAGGAUGGGAUUGGUCAAUUACAUAUUUUUUUAAAGGUAAAAACCCUGUUUUCCUUAAAAAUCACUAUCUGUUAAACUUUUGAAAUUUGUGUUCUUUGGCGUCUUCCCUUUAUGGAGUAAUUGUGAAAUUACACUGAGAGUAGUAUGAGAUAUUAAAAUUGGUAUCCACUUGGCAGUGGCGAGAUUGGGCGAGUUUGUGCGAGAUAAUGCGAGUUUAGGCGAGUUAAGGCGAGAUAAGGAAAUUUGAACAUAAUCUCAAGUUGCGAGUUAAGGCGAGUUAAGGUCCCAGAGUAGGCCUGUUUGUCCGCUGUUUGAACCGAGAAAAAGUCGGAACACAAAUGAACUUAAGCCGUAGCAACACUCGAAAUUUUUUUUAGUGUAUGGUAUAGCCUGGGCCAUUUUGUAAAUGACGAUUAGCCGAAUUCAGUUUUUAUCUUCGUUGACUAAAAGGAAUGCAUGGACGAACUUGGUAAGUUCGAAAAAUAUCUGUCAUAUAUAGAAUAAGGCAAGACGCCGGUGCUUUUGUUCGAUGUAAGCGAAAACUUCUUGAGCAACCGAAUUUCCCGAGCUUCUGCAAUGCGAUUUACCGUCAUAUUUUCGACUCAGGAACUGACCAAAACUUAGCUGAUUAAGCAAGCCGAACCACAGAAUAGCUUUACCAGUUUGGGUUUGGUUUAGCAGAGUUUAGGAACAAACAGUAAACAUCCGAGUCAGUAACAACCUGUUAGACUAACAUAUGCCAGUAAGGCCCAAUCUAUACAAGAACCUAUUUAGCCUAAAAUUGAAACAGGUUCUUACAUUCUAAAAUCUAUAAAAAAAACCAGUUUGUAUACUUGGGAAAAUAAGAUAAGUCGACAACAUUCAGGAUCCUUUUUGGAGACAUAGGUGCCUCAUGCAAUGUAAUGGUAUUCAGAUUAUAUAUAAGGAAUAAGCUAUAUAUAUACCACUAAAUACUCUUAGUUAUAAUGUGUUUUUUCUUCAGAAAAUAAGAAUCUAGUUAAGAACCGAAAUAGCCUUAAUUUCUGCCAAUUACCAUAUUUAAGUAAGAACUUGUUAAGGCUAACUUGGGAAAAGGCAAGUUCUUAGUCGCAGGGUUUUACUGUAUCCAAUGUCUGACAUGUGAUAAUUUCAGUUUCUUUUGUGCCGCAAGUAAGUCAUGUUAAAAUAGUUUCUUUAUUUAAUUUGUUAGUCGUAAGAGUCGUGUUCGACCUGAAGAAAAGGACUUAGCUGGUAAUAUUUCAUGGGUCGGUCAAUGCUUGGUUUGACUUUUUUUUUUGUCUCACAGUGAAGGCGCCUCUUGAGGUUUCCACAAAAUCCACUUGGAGGAUGGGAAUAUAAUGGCAUCUCGUGGUCGAAAAAUCCAAGGUUUGUGGCUACUGCACAGUCAUCUACAUUUCACAAACACAGCCAAUACGGUAUUGUUUUCAAUUUAACACAUGCACAGCAAACAGCUAGUUGUCUUCUUAUUUCUGAUAGCGUUCUAAAAAGUUAGGUAAAGUCGGUUUUUUAAACCUCUAUUGUCAAUUGUAAAGUCAAUCGAAAUAUAAUAUUAAAAACUUAAUGGUUACGUAUGAUUCAUGAGAUCUGUGACUACUUUCGAAAGUUUCUUUAAUUUUAUUGCAAUCUAAUGUUACUCGACGUUAAAUUCGUAGUUUUCAGCGGUUUUGCUUAAUGUAGAAUCGCAGCAGUGCUUUAAUGGAAGUAACACUUUCUUUGGUUUCCUUCUCUGCCGCAAAGGAAAGUCGUAUGGUCAGAAGAGACCACCACUAACACACAUUCUAAGAAGCAUCCUUGAAAGAUAUCCAGAUGGAGGACAAAUCUUAAAGGUACCUUCACAAGUUUCUCCUCUAGGAAAUAUUUCAGCAGCAUCACAAGAGUGUUAGCCAGUCACUAGACGAAGUAUACAAUGUAGAGCAUAAUAAAUUAUAACAACAAGAAUCUUUGCUAUAAAAGACCUACAAGCCCUACACCAAUUUAAACAUCUCGGAUGCGAAAUGAGAAUUUGUCACUUCAUGAUGUGGACUUGCAAAUCCUGUCAAGUUAUAAGCCAAAAUAUUAUUGCAACGUUAUGAGCUGAUAAACCUCUCUAAUUCUUUGAACAGAAAUUUAAUAAACUUAGCGGUUAACAAAUUUCAUCGCUGAAGUUAAGCUAGGAGUCAGACUUUUGAUUCUCUUAUCCAGAGGACAGCGUCUACGCCUACUAGCUCUUACGUCUUAAAAAAAGAAAAAAGGGCCGAUUCUUUCAAAAGACUGUGAAACCCGUUUCCCUGAAAGAGCGAAUUUGGGGAUUUUGUUUCACACUUCAUGUACGGCUUUUACAGCCUUAGCUGCUGUACCUAACUUUCUAAUGUAGCCAAAGCAAAAACGACUUGCAAAAACUCCAAAUUCGUUUUUAUAAAAGCUUCAGAAAUAAAUAUCACCUUGCACUGGGAAAAGUUUUUCGAAACAGUUUUCAUUUAAAUGGUAACAACAAAGGAUUUUGUCAAAAGACGCAAAACUGAGUUAGGAGGACAAAACCGCCAGAGCAACUGAGUCUAUGGGUGGAAGGGUCGAACGAACACAUUUAAUAAUCUGUUUUUUAUACACGCUGCUUUCAGCGUGAGGCUUAAAAUAGAAUGACUGAAUUUAAGGCAAAACAAGUGAUUAAAAGUACAAAUAUGUGUCAAAAACCCUGCUCAUUGAACAACUCGAUAAAUGCAGUUGAAAGAGGGUCGCACGAUCGUAUGGCCAUAGGGACUGGAAUCCGAUUUUAAAGCUUCACGCUUAGGAUUUCAGUUACAUUGCAUUUUCACAUGAGAUAAUGUCGGCUUAUUAUUGAAAUCAAAAUUACUUUAGGAAACCUUAAAUAAUCCAGUACUCAAUUUCUAUCUUCACCAAACGAGAACUUAAACUUUUCAGUGCUCUCUCAAAACGAAAAAAAUCCAGUGUUAACGUCUGAAUUAUGGCUCAUAAAAAUCCAUAUAAGGUGAAACUGUCUAAAGCCGGUAACAUUUACACGAAAGCGUGGUCUUCGAGUACGUUUGUUUAUCUUAAAAAGAAACCAAAACAGCAAUAUUAACAUGUGAUUUUCUUUUCGCUCAUAGCAUGAACAAGGCCAUACAGAGUAAUGAAAUAAGAAAGCCUUGGGCAUCUUAAUAUCCUCAACGAUUUCACUUAAAUGACUGUUUGAUUUGUUGCAUUACAGGAAAUUAUCCAGAAUGCGGAUGAUGCCGGGGCGACGAAAGUGUCAUUCCUUCUUGACUCCCGUCCAAAUUUCUUUGGAAAGAACUCCUUGUAUGAACCUAGUCUUGCAAAAUUCCAAGGGCCAGCCUUGUACGCGCAAAAUAAUGCUCUAUUCGAGGAAGAAGACUGGGAGAACCUGGAGAGACUGAUGAGAAGCAGUAAGAAGGACGACCCCUUGAAAGUGGGUCGCUUUGGAAUAGGCUUCAACUCUGUUUACCACAUGACGGGUAAGUACAAUAACCAGUGCUUAUCUGACACUUCCUUGCCUGGUAAGGCCUCAAAGUACCCUCAGGUACUUCAGAUUUAGUGGCACACCUCAUGAAGCCAUUAUUGGUGACUCUUCACAUACACAAUACCCUCGUUCCCCCCUUUGCUGUACGUUAGGAUGUAUUUUAAGCUUGGUCUUUUCAUUGGGGGCCGACGAUGACGGGCUGUUAGCAACUCUUUUGCCAGGUUCUUUACAACCAAAUAACUUCAAUGUUAGUAAUAAUAUGGAUACUAGACACUGUCCUUGUUGUCUCACGAUCCAUAUAAACCAUGCCAGUUCGGAAAAAGCGAGCUUUUAAAUAAUGUCAUCACUAAGUGAGUUGUGACAACGUUAAAUUGAGGAAGACGAACGAAAGUAUUUUUUUACGGUUUUUUUUUUCAUAAUAGCCUAUGAGACAAGAACCGAGUUAGCAUUUCUGUUGAAUUUUGAUUGGUUCAUAUCGGCAUCUUGCUGAUCCAUGCCAUUGAAAAUUUAUCCUUUUCAAGACUGAUCAAAAAUCUGAACAUCAGCUCUUUUGAGUUUUAGAAAAAUUAUAGAAUGUGCAUGACGUUUUUAUGAGGGCAACUCCUAAACUUUUAAUUUGAUACUAAGAAACUUCUCUCCAUCACAUUCUUAGAUCUCCCAAGCAUAGUGAGCGGAGACACAAUAGCAUUCCUUGAUCCUCACGAAACACACUUCGGAAAAGCAGAAACGGGCCAACAAUUUUCCCUCGAAGACCAGCUUCUCCAAGACUACCGAGAUCAGUUCAAGCCAUAUGAAGACGUCCUAGACUGCAGGAUUUCGAACCGAUAUUACAGUGGAACUUUAUUUCGUUUUCCCCUUCGAAAUGAGCCGUCUGACUUAUCGACAAAGAAUUACACAGCGGAGAAAGUUCGACAAUUGUUUCAUGCGCUAGAAAAGGAAGCCUCUGUUAUUCUCCUUUUCCUAAAGAAUAUCGAAGAAAUAGCUUUAUUUGAAACCGAUCAAUCCAACACUACGAAGCAGGUGUUUAUCGUGAAGCUGAGCGACAGAUGCAGACAAGUGAUUGGACAAAAGAAGAAAUCACUUUUAAAGCAAAUAAAGUUGUUAAGCGAAAGGUCGGUCAGUAACACAAACAUUUCCCUAACCUUAGAAAUUGAAGAAUGCUCUGCAAAAGGUGUGGUGCUGACUCACAAGUGGCUGGUUUACCAUCAAAUCGAUGCUCGAGACUCAAACCUCCAACGCCUGUCUUCCGAAUUAGGCCUACUUCCGUGGGUUGGAUUUGCUACCCCUUUGGUAGCAUCACAGCGUCAAGCACUCUCCUCAAAUGGAGGAAGACUUUUCUGCUUCUUGCCGCUUCCACCGGAUGCUGAUUCUAAAACUGGAUUUCCAGUUCAUGUUCAUGGCUACUUUGGUUUAACGGACAACCGACGAGGGCUUAAAUGGCCAGGCCUGGACUGUCAAAAUGAUCCGACCGCUGAAUGGAAUGUCCGACUGUUGGAGCGAGUUGGAAGUCAAGCAUACGCCUUCAUGUUGGUUGAACUGGUUGACAAACAGAUGAACGAGCCCGGUGACAUGUCGAUAAAAGCAGAUUUAUUUUACCAAUCCUGGCCAAACCUUCUUAGUGUGGAAAGCCACUGGAAGGGAAUGCUGAACCCUAUGUUCGCGAUUUUGAAGGAAAAGACUGUUUUAUGGUCCCUAUCAGGCAAGUGGGUUAGGUCCCAAGACGCUUAUCUUGACAGAAUAAACAGCUCCCGUGAAAUUAGGCAAGUGGUUUUAGAAACAUUAACUCAAGCAAACGAGUCCGUCGUAACAGUACCACACCACGUACUUGAAGUGAUUGACAGUAUGAAAUGGACCACACUUAGCAUCACGCCUUCAUUCAUGAGGAGUCUUUUGAAAAAGAAACAGAAGGGAUCGUGGAAUAUAACGAGUGUUCCCAAAACGAAGAAGCUUAAGUUACUAGAAUACGUUCUCCAAGACGACAACCUGAUGGAUUUGCAAGGCAUACCUUUACUUCCCCUGGCAAAUGGAAGCUUUGGCGAAUUUCGUUCACUUCAAUACAACCGCGACUCUCGGGCUGCCGUUUAUGUUUCAACAGCAAGGCACCCACGUUCUCUUUUCUACACCAUGAACGGCAACUUUCUUGAUGACACCGUUCAGUGCCGUGCCUUAGAUAAAUUGUCAAGGGCCGCUUUUGACGUAAGAAACACGCAAAAGACAUUGCCCCUACAACUUGUGAAGAUGAAUCAAACCAUUGCGAUCAAUCUUCUACGACAGGUGUUACCACGAGAGUGGUUUCAAGCCGAGCAUCUUGCUUGUUGGUACCCGGGACAAAAUGGACAUCCUCCUGAGUCUUGGUUGCCGUCAGUGUGGACAUGGAUCCAAAGUGAUUUUCCCAAUGAUCUUUCACCUCUUGAGGGGUUUCCUCUCAUUCCACAGACAAACUCAGGAUGUCGCACCAUAGUGAAGCUAAAAUCAUGGAGCCUAGCAAUUAAGAAGAGCGACCAGAAUCUCCACUUACCCCAACAGAUCGUCUCUUUGCUGAAAAAGAUUGGGUGUGUUGUUAUCGAGAAUCUUCCGCCAUUUGUGAACCACGUAUCUAUGCACAAGUACAUUGCCUCCGCCGUUCCUACCGGCGUCUUGAACGUCUUACAUGCUCUUGGUCAACAAACAUGUGUUAUGAGGAUUUCAGCAUCGUGUUCUGCAGAGGAAAAGCGAGCCUUGCGCGAGUACCUCUCGUCGACGUCUUUGAGUUCUGAUCAAAAGAACCUUCUUCAACACCUGCCAAUUUUUGAUGCGGCUGACAGAAGAUCAUUCCUUGCGACGAGGGAGGGAUUUCAAGUCCGCACAGUAGCUCCAUUUAACUUUGCACUUCCCCACUCCUUGCCACUACCGAAUGCCUCUAACAUUAUAAUCCCACGAGAUUAUCAGUCACACUCCCUACUACAACACCUUGGAAUCCAGGGGAUGACUCCAACAGCUUUCCUAUCUUCAGUUGUCUUUAGUGGAAUAAAAAACGGCUUCUACAGUCACCAACAGAUUUCUACUGUGAUGAGCUGGGUUUUGAGGCAAUACAACUUUAUGCAAGAUCUCUCAUUCCGUGCAUCACUUCAACAGCUUCCUUUUGUCCUUAAUCAGAGUAAAAGAUUAGUUACUCCUUGUGAAGUUCUUGAUCCGAGGCAACCUGUUUUGCGACAACUUUUUGAGGGGGAGAGCGAUAGAUUUCCUCAUGAAGACUUCGCAAAGGAUGACAUUCUUCAGAUCCUGCAGCAACUUGGAAUGAGAAGCUUCCCAAAUGCAACGGAUAUUCUGCACGUCGCUAAAACAGUGCAAAAUUUUCCAGACGAUGUUGCAUCACGUAAAGCGUUGGCACUCUUGGACUUCCUCGAUCAGAAUUCAUCGCUGUUGAAGUCAGACUGGGUUGUUCAAGGACUAAAGAAUGAAAGAUGGAUCCAGCAAAAGAAGGACCCUCCUCCUUCGUAUCCCCGUUCCAUGCCUUGGUUUGUGGGCAAAGCAAGGUUCUAUAAACCGUCCGAAGUUCGCAGCCAGUCAAUGGCCUACCUUUUUGGCGUUUCGUUUCCCCUGGCCACUAAGCUCUGCAGCAGUGUACUUGAGGUUGCCUUCGAUUGGAGACAGAUCCCUACUGUCCAACAGCUUCUUAAACAGCUCCGCUCCGCUUGCUCUGGACCAAUCAAGUCAAUGAAUGGGAGCGAAAGAUAUCAUUUUCAAGCAAUGCUUAAAGAGAUCUAUCAAGAAGCCUCAAAGAACGUUGAUCUAGUCAUUAGCAUGAUAAAAAAUGAUCCCACAUUUCCGGCAUGGAUCUGGCAUGGCGAUGGCUUUGCGUUGCCAUCCGCUGUAGCGUUUGUACGAUCCUGCAACAUCGACUUCAAGCCUUACCUUUUUGAGGUUCCACAAGACCUUCAUUCAUUUCGUCCCUUUCUUCAACGAUGUGGAGUUCGUGAAACAUUUGCGAUUUCAGACCUGCUGAGAGUUCUUGCCGUGAUUAAAGAAAAACACGACAGAAGUAGCGUGCGUGUUAAUGAUGUAGCAGACGACCAGAAACUAUCGUGUGAUAUUCUCCAAUGGAUAGUACGAGAUGGGAAACCCCUGGAUUCAGAACUUCGACAAAAUCUACUGGUGCCUAUUAUGACCUGGGAUAACACCUUGAAGUUACUCCCCUGUCGUGACUGCACUUUCUGUGAUGCGACCUGGUUGAAGAAAGGAGGAUCAGAAAUUCCAAUCAUAAGUCAAUUUCCUAUGAUCCAUGACACCAUUUCUACAAGGGUUGCUCAGCUAUUGGGUGUCCCCCCAAUUAGCACACGUGUCACGUGUGCAGAAGCACUUGGAAUCGAACAGACAGGUCCUUAUGAGCCAGUGACUACCAGACUUCAUAACAUCCUGGACGAAUACAAAGAAGGUGUGGGAGUUUUCAGAGAACUUGUCCAGAAUGCAGAUGACGCUGGUGCAUCCGAAGUCCAAUUUGUUCUUGAUUGGCGCAAUCACCCAACGAAAAGGCUCCUGGCAGCGGGCAUGGCGGAUUGUCAAGGUCCCGCACUACUGGUGUAUAACGAUGCAGUCUUCACGGAUGACGAUUUAAAGAAUAUAUCGAAACUGGCAGGUGCAACAAAAAAGGAAGACCUUGAGAAAAUAGGCCGCUUUGGUCUCGGUUUCAGUUCGGUUUAUCACUUCACGGAUGUACCGAGUUUCGUUACCAGAAAUUAUGCUGUAUUCUUUGAUCCACACACAAGCCAUCUGCAACGGCACGUAGAGAAUCCUUCUAAGCCUGGAAUAAAACUGGAUCUGAAAGUAAACCCGGCAAAUUUAAUGUACUUUCCUGAUCAGUUUGCACCUUUUAAUGGACUGUUUGGUUGUGAAACGAAUUUGUCAAACAUCCAUAGUAUAUUCUAUUUCGAAGGCACUCUUUUUCGAUUUGCUUUUCGAACAAAGAAAGGAGAAAUCAGCGAUAAGAUUUACAGCAAGGAGGAGAUUCAACGCCUUGUUCGUUCUUUUGAGGAAUCAUCAUCAAGUCUGCUUUUGUUUGCCCAAAACGUUAAAAAGGUGACAUUUCUGGAGAUAAAAAAGAAUUCUACCAGUCCCACUUCCCAACAAGUGCUGUAUGAAAUUUGCAAGGAAACAGUCGACCUUCAUCAAGGCGAAAAGACAUGCAGGAACGUACCUACCUUUCUUCAGUCUUGUGCGACGUGGACAAGGCAAACGACUGGUCAGAAUAGUUCUCUGAUUGAGACGCCACCCUCUCCAAAGCAGUCAGAGUUGGUAACGAUUUUUUCAAAGGCGACCAGUGACAAGGGAACUGAAAGGGAGGAAACCUGCACCUGGCUUGUCACCUCUUGUCUGGGAACUGGACAUUCAUUUCAACUGGCAACAAGCGAAGAAGGCCGGAAACAGGGGCUGCUAUCAGCUUCUGGAAUAGCAGGGAGGAUUUCCAUUAAAAGUGACAAACUAGAGCCUGUUUGUGGGGAGGUCUUCUGUUUCCUACCACUGUCUAUUCCAAGUGGCCUACCGGUGCAUGUAAACGGUUACUUUGCCGUCACGUCAAACCGGCGGGGGAUUUGGGAAAGCACCACAGCCGAGGCUGAGAGUUCCCAACCUUUAGAAGUGAGAUGGAACAGACGCCUUAUGGAGGAUGCAGUAUCGGAAGCCUAUAUAAAUUUUCUAGAGGAUAUCAUUCUCAUGCAAAGGAAAGGAACGAUUGCUUCAUGCGAAAGCUUUGCGCUUUGGCCUAAUCCAGAAGCACUUCAAUCAUCCGUUUGGACGACGCUUGUCAAGAGCGUUUAUCAACGAAUUAGCAGCUCAGGCCUUCCUUUAGUACACCUAGAAGGAAAAUGGCUUCCAGUUAAGCAGUGUAUUUAUCAAGAUACAAAAUUACAGAAGCUUCGUAACAGUGAAACUAUCCUUGCAAUGUUUGGCUAUAAAGUAGUGCAACUUCCUUGCUUCGCAAAGAAAGGUUUUAAGCUGGCUGGAUGCGAACAGAUAAUCGAAGAGCGAACGAUGUCACAGGAAAAGUUUCUGCAGGAGGUUUUUUUCCCUAACAUAUCUAGGAUUCCUGUUAAUUUACGGAAUCCUAUUGUUUGCCACAUGAUAGACCAAUGCCUACUAGGACACUCGCGUAUUCAAUCUGAUCCUCUAAGAAGCCUCUACAAUUCCCUUCUUUCAAACAACCGAUGCAUACCGUGCGGACCAUGUGCUGAGGAUUUAGCAUUUCCAAAGGAACUCGUUAAUCCCAGUGGUGCCGCGGCAAUUUUGUUCACAUCAGAUGAUAAACGGUUUCCCGUUGGCACGUGCUAUCGAAGCAAAGAGCGCCUUCUUAUGCUUCAAAACCUGGGUAUGGUUGUUGACGUCCUAGACUGGAGCACCCUGCUUGAAAGAGCAAAGACGGUACCACUGCUCUGGAAAGGAAAAACUGAGCAAGAUGCUCGAACAAGGAUUUCAUGUCUUGUGAACUACAUAAAUGCCAAUUUUACAAAACUUGAGCUCCCCUCAAAACCAGUCGAGACAGAACUUAGAAGUAUCAGAAUGUUUCCUGUCCUAAAAAAGCCUGCAAACUACCCAAUGCAAUGGAAAGGGUCCAAUGAUGGAAACGUUUUGCUUCCUGCAGAUGACAUGUAUGGCGAGGAAUUUAAGUUUGUCGUAGGAUCGUUAAGAGCAAUCCUUGACGAAAGCGAGAGUCAUGGUUGUGGACAGCUCAGUAAAGAAGCCCGAGAUCUCUUUGGAUUCAGCUGUCGUGAACCAACUGUCCAAGAAGCCCUUGCUCAGCUGAAUCGUGCUAUUGAAGUUUCGACAGACGGUUCAACUGCAGCACACUGCUUGGAAGAAGUUUCCCAUAGUAUUUAUGGUUACCUUCAAGAACUUCUUUCAAAACCUCAAGGUGAGAUUAUUGUUCAGGAGUUGGGCAACAAACCUUGGAUUUUAAUCCAAGGUAAAUUUCUUUCACCCUCUCAGCUCGCUUUCACUUGGAGAGGAAACGGCGAACCUUACCUUUUCGAAGUGUCACAGAGUCUAGUUGAGAAUUACGGACGCCUUCUCCGUGAGACAGGGGUAAGAGACCGUUUCGGUACAAGUGACAUCGUGAGUACCCUUUACAAGCUCAGUGAAGAUAAACAUGGUACACCUUUGUCACCCGCGGAAUUCAGAGUCACGCGCUCGUUAAUUGAAGAGCUACUAGAAGCUCCAGACAUCGUCCUUAAAGUGGAAAAUGGCAACAUCCCUCUACCGGACCACAAUCUGGUUCUACAUCCAGCAAAGGAGUUAGCCAUUAACGAUGCGCCGUGGGUAACUUCAAUGGGGAAUACCGCAUAUGUCCAUGAGUACGUUCCCAUUGAAUUUGCAUACAAGUUGGGGGCAAUCGACAUUCGAUCAAAGAAACUAGCUAAAAUAUCACGUCCCAUCGGAAAACCAUUUGGCCAGAGGGAAGAGCUUACCGAUCGUUUAAAAGGCAUUUUAAAGUCAUACCCUUGUGACGUUGGGAUCUUGAAAGAACUCGUUCAAAACGCUGACGAUGCUGGGGCCACUGAGAUACACUUUAUUUAUGAUCCCCGACACCAUCCCACAGACCAGCUGUUGAGCGACAAUUGGAAAGAACUACAAGGACCUGCCUUGUGCGUUUACAACAACCGACCCUUCUCCGAAAAGGAUUUGGAUGGGAUACAGAGACUAGGAAUUGGAAGCAAAUCUGAAGAUCCAACGAAGACAGGACAGUAUGGGAUUGGUUUCAACGCAGUGUACCACCUCACUGAUUGUCCAAGUUUUAUUUCAAAUGGAGACAUCCUUUGCAUCCUUGAUCCGCACUGUCGCUAUGCUCCUGGCGCGACUAAGGAGAAUCCAGGACUACUCAUUGGACCAAUUCAGCAAGAAGAACGAUCCGAUUACAGAGACGUAUUUCCUUGUUAUCUUGAAGAUCACUUCGAUUUAACAUCUGCUACAAUGUUCCGUUUCCCCCUCAGAAACGAGGAAAUGCCCGUGAAUUCAUCGAUAUCGAACAAGCGAGUUUCUCAUGAUAACAUGGCUACAUUUAUUAAUCUGUUUACCUCUGAAGCAAAAGAAAUACUUCUCUUUUUGAACCAUCUACAGAAAAUAACACUUUCUAAAAUUGAAGGAGGGCAGCUCAGAACCAUAUACUCGGUUUCUGUUCAGUUAACAGAUGAGGAUACCUCAAAACGUACAAUGCUUGCGGAACACAUCAAGAACUCCAAAUCGUCUGAAACAAAGAAUAUUGAAUGGUUCGGAAUUACAUACUCCCUGAAGAUAGAGGACACCAUUCGAGAAGAGAAAUGGAUCAUUCAUCAGUCUGUCGGUUUGAAGACCAAUGAUUUGAAUAAAAAUAUUCCGGACGGUCGACAAUAUGGUCUUCUACCUCGCGGUGGCAUAGCAGCCAAGGUAUCAGAGAAGUCAAAGGUUCCAUCAUCAUUACCAUUCACCAGGAGAUUGGAGACUAAAUAUAAAGCUUUUUGUUUCUUGCCAUUACCGUUAAAUACUGGUCUUCCUGUCCAUGUUAAUGGUCAUUUCUACCUCGAUUCAGCCCGACGUAACUUGUGGCGCGAUGAAAACGAAGAAGGCUUUGCAAGCCAGUGGAACCGUUUUCUUAUGACAAAGGUUUUGUCUCAAGUAUACGUUUCACUGAUGUUGGUGGCACGUGAUUUCUUGCCCAGGAUGAAAAUAGAAGGAGUUGGCUACUUUUCUACGGAAUUUGAUGUCCAUGAAGGAAUGCGUUGGUAUCAUCAACUCCUCCCUCGCCUAGACUCAGUCUCAAGCCAGUGGGUCGUUCUAGCAGAGGAUGUAUAUCGGAGGAUUUGUAGGCAAGACGAGAGGUUACUUCCUAUGGUAAAGAAGAUCCCCUGUAAAACAAUGUUGGAUUGCGAAGCUGCUAGCCAGUUGUCAAGUAACAAAAGCUGUCAAGAAGUGAUGCGGACAGUGUCGGAUUGCCAAGCUGCUGGCCAGUUGUCAAGUACAAAAUGCAGUAAAGAAGUGACGCAAACAGUGUCGGAUUACCAAGCUGUUAGCCAAUUGUCAAGUGAAAAAUGUGGUAAAGAAGAGGCCCGAUCAGUGUCGGAUUGCCAACCUGUUAGCCAGUUGUCUGGUGAAAAAUGUGGUAAAGAAGAGGCGCGAUCAUUGUCGGAUUGCGAAGCUGCUAGCUAUUUGUCAAAGGAACAAUGUGGUAAAGAAGAGGCGCGAUCAGUGUCGGAUCGCCAAGCUGCUAGCCGGUUGUCAAAUGAAAAAUGUGGUAAGGAAGUGGUGCCAUCAGUGUUGGAUUGUCAAACUGCUAGCCAGUCGUCAAGUGAAAAAGGUGGUAAAGAAAUAGCGCGAUCAGUGUCGGAUUGCGGAGCUGCUAGUCAGUUGUCAGGUGAAAAUUGCGGUAGAGAAGUGACGCAGUGUUUUUGGCUUACUCCCUCUGAAGGGUUUUUCAACACUAUGAUGGUUUCAACCGACACAGACGUUAAACUCUGUAAGAUCUUGGUACAAGUUGGCUUUAAACUUCUUUAUUCUUCCCACGGCGUGUUUAGGGACUUCAGACGGGUAGAUGAAAGAGUAAAGCAGAUCACUCCCGAGAGUGUUCUCCAAUUUCUGAAAGAAAAUCCAGCUAGUUUCGGAAAGCUGCCUUGUCCUGUUAGCAAGACGAGACUUGAAUCUGUAGUUGGUGUGCUUUGUCUUUUGAGCUACUGCAUGAAGGCUCCCAAGUUUGCAACAGAAAUGUUUAGAUUGCCAUUGUUGUUAACGGAGGACAACGUUCUCAGGUGUUUUGAAAAAGACAGAGCAGUGUUUUUGAGCCGUUUUGCCGAUUUGGUGCCUAACGAGAAGAGUCGGUUUAUUCACCACACUCUUACUAGGGGUUUACUUGAUAUCGAGAAAGAAAUAUUUUCUGCAGAUCAGCUUGUACUAAGGGAAUUUGACCUUUCCGCGCUAGCAUCACUGCUUCCAAGCAUUCAAAGCGCCAGUUGGUGUGAAACAAACAAUAUCAUUCCGUGGGAUGCCAGUAGUGGGCCUUCAGAAAAAUGGUUACAGCGAGUGUGGGAAUUCAUAAUCAAGGUUCACAGGAAGAGUCCAAAGACAUUUUCCCUUGACCCUUUAAGUAAAUGGCCAGUUAUACCAACCAAGUCGAGAAAGCUAGCUCCUCUUUCAAAAGGCAAAGUAAUCCUAGACUUGACAACUCCAGAGUCGUGGUCGCCUGGCCAAAAACACGUUAUGGAAUUGUUAUGUACCUUGAAAUGCCACGAGGUGGAUGCCAAACUGAUCAGCAGUGACGGCAGAUGGGAUAUACCACCAGCAGUCAAACAAUAUCUUUCUCAACCAAACUCCUCGGAAGACAUACUCAGGGUGCUGGACCAUCUGAUGAAAGAAACAAACAUAUCAGGGAGGCUUACUGAAAAUGAUAUGAUCUCUAUCCUGCAGUUCCUUCAAGAAGAUGUAACUUCGUUGAAAAGAAGCCGACAUUUAUCAACUGUAAAGCGACUUCCAUUUUUCAAGACGUUUCACGGAAUCUUUGUAACCCUUGAAAAUGUUUCGUCAAUCUAUGUCAUCCCAACAGGGCUACCUAAGAAGGAAUCCGAUGUAUGGAUGACAGGUAAUAACUGUUUGUUCUUGGCACCUGAACCUAGGCUUAACCUCCUGUAUCAAGAGUUGUUGGGCGCAGGGGAAAAAACUCACACAGACUGUUACAUCAACUUCAUUUUCCCUAAGUUUCCAGAACUUGAGCAAGAAACCAGAAUGCUUCACCUUAACUACGUCAGACGAUACCUACUUCAAUCAUUCCCCAAUGAAAGCCAACGCCCCAGGAUAAUACAUUCUUUGCAAAGCUUAGCUUUCAUUCCAGACGCGUCUGGUAUACCGCGCACUGCGUCUCAUUUUUAUGACCCAGGAGUGAAAGUUUUUGCAGUGAUGUUGGGUCCAGAAUCAAAACCACCAGAACCAUUUGAUGAGAGGUCUGGCUGGCUAGACCUCCUUCGUGAAAUUGGGCUGAAGCAAGAAGUAAGCAAAGAUCUGUUUUUAACUUUCGCCAACGAAGUGGCAACACAGGCAUUACAAACAAACAAGUCAAAACGCCCUGAGUUAGAAAAGAAGUCCCAGGCACUAGUAAAACACCUUCUAAAGGAGAAGACUCUACAUGAUGAAAGAUUUCUAUUCAAUAUCUCUACAGUCAAGUUUGUUGCCUCUCAAAAGGCAACUGAUGAACUGCUUUUCCUUCACAAGCAACAUUUAGUUGAAAGCGGAAACAAGGAGCAGCUUCCACCCUUUUCUUCUUUCAAUAAUUCGAUACCACACACUUUUGAGAGGUUAGUGUGGACAUCGGCGUGUCUUUUACCUUCCUGGGCCGUUCCAGACAACAAGUCUUCAAAGCUAGCUAAACUGCAGGUUUGCCAGAAGCCCACUUUGGAUCAAGUCGUCGACAACGUAGUAAACUUGUCAAAGAGUCUCUCUAAGCGUGAAGAUCGAGAACAACCAGAACCAAGACGUCGACUUCUAAACCAAGUUAUGAUUGAAGUGUACACGUUUUUGACAGAAUUGAGCAACUGCGGGACGAGCGAUUCUUCCGAGUCACAUACACCAGCCUGUGACACAAUCGGCGAGCGGCUCUCUUGUAGUCCUUGCAUUCUGGUUGAAAGUGGGCGCGUGUUCGUUCGUUGUGACCAGUUGGCCUAUGACCUUGAUCAAGAGCUACCUCCAUAUCUAUACAGAGUCCCCCGAGAAUAUGGAGCUUUCGAGCACUUGUUCAAGCGACUCGGGGCAAUGGAAAAAUCAACUCCAGUGCAGUUUGCAAAACUUCUGAGCCGACUUAAAGAGUUAUGUGGUGAAGAGAAGAUGCUUGUCAACGAGAUGAAUGCCGCAAAGCAUGCUGUAUUUGGACUGUUUACUACAUUGUUGGCCUCACAAAAGCAACAUGGCGGCGAAGAGAGAUGCCCAGGCAAUCCUUUAGCCGCAAUCAAAACGUUAUAUCUUCCAAGCAAACAACAGAAACUUCACAAGUCGGUAGAUUUGGUACUGUUUGACUGUGUUCGGUACGCCGGUCGUGUACCGGAUUCAAAGUACGAGUUUCUCGAUGGACUGUGGAAAUACGACUUAACAUUUGCAACUCCUGAGCAACUUGUUGAUCUCUUGCCUACGCAGUUACAAACAACGUCUUUAACAUCGCUGGUGAAGGAGGACCUUCAUCCAGAGUGCAAAGAUAAGAAGUGCCGAGCUGAUGUGGAGCGGAAAUGCCAAGCGACAGAUCUUCUUCGACAAGUAGUUUUCUCCUCACAGCUUGUGGACGGUAUCUUGAGAAUACUUAAGUCACAGUUUCAGAAGGCUAAAUUGGACGAUAAAGUUCGCAACAAAGUUCGUAGUUUUCAAGAGGAACUAGGUAUGAGUUGCAUGGAAGUAUUGUCCACUCAAUUAUUAGAGAGGGAGUCAAAUACGCCGAUCCCAAACAGCCAACGUUCGAAGCGUAUUGAUUGUUUCGUAGGUGAGGAAAAUGGCAAAAAGCACAUAUUCAUCAAACAUGGUGCCGAUACUAGUGACGUUCGCAGGGUUCUGUGUAAAGAGAUAAACCAACUGACUGGUUGCUACAUUAGUGAAGAAAGCUGGUUGCAUCUGGCUGCAAUUCUAGACUGCAAAGCUCCCGACGACAUUCCAUCCACUUUGGACAACGCUGGUGUGGCAGAAGACGUGGAAGGGGGUACUACACCACGAUUAGAACCAGACCUUGGCUCGGAAAUUCCAGAAGAGUUGCACUACCUUCUUGUACAAUUUGACGAUUUUUAUUUUCGGACAGGGGAAUUCGUUGCGUUUGAACGGGAAGACUCAACAGAUGAAGAACCAAAGUACAUCUACGCAAGGAUUAUCCACCCUCUCAAAACUUCACAUCCCGUCAAAGCAAGAAAGGAUAGGACGAAGAGGAAGCAAAAAGGAGAAAGUAAUCUUCUAAGCAGGUAUCUGAUAGAUAUUGGACAUGAGAGAAAAGAAGUGGAUGUGUUAGAUCUGUACAAGAUAAAGCGGCCACCAAAACAGAAUCUUGAAGAGGAGGAUGAAAUGCAAAAUGAACCUGUUUCAGAGUCAAUGGAGCUUGUGCCUUACAGUGGGAAUAGUGAACAAAGCAAGAAAUCUACAUCGCAACCGUCGACAUCAUCCCAAGGUGCAGCAGAAAGCCCCAAACCGACAACGUUGGAAGAUGCGCUAAAAGAGGUCCGGAAAGCCUUGAAAGAAAUUUGGAAGCUUCCAGAGGAUAAGAAGAAGAAAGCUCUAAGGCGACUCUACCUCCGCUGGCAUCCGGAUAAGAACAUGGACAUGCAAUACAUUGCAAAUGAAGUCAUGAAGUUUAUUCACAACGAAGUUGACCGAUUAACUAAAGGUGGGUCAGCAAGUCAUGAAGAUGACUCUGCCGGUGAACGUGCGGAUUUCUCCGACUUUUUUAGGAGCUGGCAUCAGAGGGCUCGACGACAACGUUCAAGCUACGAGAAUUUCCGUCGCCACAAUCCUGGGUUUUCAGGUUUUACGUCAUCAUCCAGGAGACGUUACGCAGGACCCGACCUUACCUUAUCUAGGAUUUGGAUGAGUCAGAGCAGAGAGGACCUUCGUUCGGUGAAGCACCUCUUGACCGCUCGAGAUCCACUGUAUUACCUAGUGUGCUUCCAGUGCCAUCAAGUUGCCGAGAAAGCUCUCAAAGCAGCACUUUAUUCACUAUCAGGAGUCGCGGAGAGCCAGCUUAGCAGCAACGACUUGGUGAAAUUGGCCCAUGACCUGUCCGUGUUGCCAGUAGCCCCGGAUGUAACUCCACAGGUUGCCAAGCUGUCCUCUUAUUAUGACACCACUCGGUACCCCAACAAACACAGGCCAGCGAGGGCUCCGGCCGAAGUGUUCACAGAUUCACAGCAAGCUCAAGAGGCCUUCAGAGUGGCCACGGAUGUCUUGGACAUAUUUGCACGGUGCUUAGGACUUUAA